AUGGAUCCGCUGCACGACAUGAACCUGGACGCCCCCCACUCCAUGGGGACGACCAUCAUUGGAGUCUCCUACGACGGCGGCGUGGUUCUCGGGGCCGACUCCAGGACCAGCACGGGUGACGGCUCUUCUUCCCCGCUCUAUCCCCUCCGACUCCUCUUCCCCACUUCUGGACUUUUUCUGACAGUUUUUCAUCCCGCACUUUUUUUUGUGUGUGAAAUUCUCAUCCAUCUCCUCUUUUUUUUCUCCGCAAGUUUCUCAUGUUGGUUUAGGGUUAUUUCUGCCUUGCCUCCUCCAGGUAUGUACGUCGCAAACCGGGCGUCAGACAAGAUCACUCAGCUAACGGAAAAUGUAUAUGUCUGCCGUUCCGGAUCGGUAAUCUCUCGUUUAAUCAUCUAUCCUUUUGCGAUCGAACGUUGCUCGAUUCAUCUUCUCUCAGAUUAUGCACGCAUUUCCGCUAUGUUCAUUUACAUUUUAGCGCCAUUCCUUUAAUUUUAUUUUCGUAUCUUCUACUGUCAGCCGACUGGGGGCAUGUAUUUCUCGUCAGGGAAUUUAUUCGAAGAAUUCAUUCGUAUAAUGUUUUAACGUUGAUAACUCAUUGGAUGAUUCCCUCAAUCUGCAUUUUUUUUCUUUACGAAGGUCUCAGAAUUUUCGACCAUGUCUAUAAAUAUUCCCUGUAAACCUGUUUUCAGCAUAAGAUCAUCAAUCGCCACUGAUGUUUUCAUCGGCUUUCUUCAAUAUUUGCAAAUAUCAUCAGCUUGAGGAUUCUCCUUUAUGUCUAGACCUACACUCGAGACAUGAAAACCAUCUCUACAGGAUGUGCUUACAGUUAGACGUUCCCCUUAGUCAUUUACUCCAUUUACAGAUAAAUUUGGUGGUACGGAAAUACCUGAAUUAUGUGAGGAGAAGUAUGCCCCGAUAAAAGCUCAGUUUGAUCUUGCCCAUGUGAUCUGAAUCAUCCUAUUAGUAUAUGCCACGGAUGUUGUUUCGGUACCUGAUUGGGCAUUUUUUAGAGAACUUUCCAAGUUUGACAUUUUCGAAGUAUUUUUUUCUCUGUCAGUUCCUGUGAGAGAUCCUCAGACUUCUGUGUGAGUCUUGCGCACUUGUAUGUGAGGUGCCAUUCGCAUUUUUAGAUUUAAAACCUCGGAUGUAUUCUUUUCAUCCUCUCUGAUCUUUAGUGUCCUAGUUCUUGGUGGAACAGGAUAUAUAUGUUCUUGCUGUAAAUAUGGACAGAUAACAACAGGGAAAAAUUAAGCGGACAUACUGUGAGUGUCAAAAGCCCAUGAAGAACCUCCACACACAGUAUAAGAGCUGAACAAAAAAUAAUGCGACUUUUGUGAGGAACCUCCAUCCAGAUUAUAAUUAGGAUUGUAUGUGAAAUGGUCGUGUAGUUUUUUCAUCACUAGAGGAACAUAUUGUCUUCCUUAAUAUGACAUGAAGAUGUUAUAACUGUCGGCAGUAUUGGUAAACUUAUCAUUCCUAAGGAUUAAUAUGUUAGUUUCUCAUUUAUGUGCUGCUACACCCAGAAGUUUUCUGUUGCUCCUACACCAAUGUCUUUCUUUUAGUUUUUUUCGCUUCUAGAAACUGAUAUUCUUUUCCAUUUAUGUGCUAAUUAGGUCUAUUUUGUACAAUUUUUCUCUUUCAGGCUGCCGAUACCCAGGUUGUCUCUGAUUAUGUGCGUUACUUUCUUCACCAGCAUACGUGAGUUGACUCAGCUAAUUUUCUUUCUGACGAUGUUUGCAUUAUUUUGUAUUGUUUGUACUUGAAUACCAAAAAUUUUCAAAUCCGCCUCAAAAAAUAAUAAUCGAAUACCCUGAGCUGGUCUUUGAUUUUCUGUGGCUGUUGGUGUUUUACUCCUGUCCCAUUUAUCAGUGAUACCUUGUUAUCACUUUUGACACAAUCCCUGACUGUUUUGUUGGUUUUAAUAGACCUGUAUUAGAUUUGAUAAGAUAACUUAUUAUGCUUUUAUGCAGUUUUAGGAUAAAUGAGUUUUUGUCCUAGUACUUUCUGGAGAAAAUAACAUAUCUGGAAGAAAAGGCUCAUAUUUCGUUCGCUCUUCCUUUCUACUUGUCAUUGUUCUAAGAAGUAUUUCUGGAUCUGUUAUCAUGAGUAGCGACUCAUUUAUGUUAUUUCUCGUUCUUCUAGUUUUUCUUUCUCCACACUUUCUGAUUUUAACAUAUUCAUUUUUUUUAUCUGAAACGUUAGACGAUUAGUAAUCAUUGUUUCCGCAAUCAAUGACCUAAAGCAUAUCUUAUUCCGAGCUACUGUCUCAUACAUUUGUUCGGCUUACUUUCUGGCCAAAUAAUACUUUGGCGCUAUAGAAUAAUCAUGUUUGAGCUUCUUGUUUUAGAAUACAGCUAGGCCAACCGUCUACGGUAAAAGUAGCUGCUAAUCUUAUCAGGAUGCUGUCAUAUCAGAACAAGGUAUGUGCUAUUUCUUCCCCAUGACUCAUGAGGUAAUUAAUGAACAUGAUAUUUAGGAAUCCAAAUUUUUCUUAGAGACUAAAAAGAAUCAUUAAUUUCAUGUUUAUGAUGUAACCUCUUCUGAAUUGGAAAUAAUUGCUGCCUCUACAUAGUUCAUCAUUGGCCCAUUAUCAAUCCAAGCUUUAUGACAGAAAUGAUCUCACUUGUCCACUAAUUUCCACCAGAAUAGAUAUUAUUUUUAAAGAUGAGCUAAUGGAAAACGUCCAACUGACCAACUUUUUGCAAAUUGUAUUUGUCGAUUUAUUUUUAAGAGAUAUGCUGCAGGUAUUCUUAGCCUGUUGCGAUAAGUAGCUCAUUUUUUUUAUUUCCUAGAAAUUUAUUGGUAUCGGAAUGUAGUCAGUAAUUAGUUGAUGGAGAUAUUCUUACUUUUCGAGUAUUAAUGUACUUUAUCAUGUUAAGGGGCUUUCUAUCCAAAUAUUUUUUAUUUCUUGAAGUUAAACUGAUGAAUCUAUUAUAUUUUUCAGAAUAUGCUACAAGCUGGUUUGAUUGUUGGGGGAUGGGAUAAGUAUGACGGGGGACAAAUAUAUUCUGUUCCUCUCGGUGGAACGAUUUUGAAGCAGCCAUUUGCUAUUGGAGGUAUGUAAUUCUUAGGAUCUAGAUAGAUUUUAUUAAAAAAAAAUGUGAUCUAUUUCUAAUUUCAGUUUCAGCAAAAAAAAAUUGUCCAUCCUAUGAAAGCUAGUGCAGUGGGUAUAAUUGCCCCUAGUUUCCAUGUUUGUAAAAUGGUACACAUUUGUAUAAGGAAACGGCAGGGGUCUUUCUGACUUUCAGACUUGCGAGUUUACUGAAUAACUUCUGCAUGAUUACCAUUGAUACUCAGGGAUACAGACUUAGAGAAGAUUGUGGACAGAUGAGUGAUCAAGAAUCUUACCUGCCUUCAUGUUACAUUCCCAGUAAAAUCAUUGUUUUCCAUCUGUUUGGCAGUAAGUGUGUUUUUCCCACCGAACAUUAUCAGGUCCUGAAUAGUCACUUGGAAGGGUUGAUUGGAGAAUCAGCUUGAAUUGUCAUCGUGGGAUUCUCCAUGUGAUGAUUUUUUUUUCUCAGUGAAAUGGAUGAACUGAGUGUAACGUCGUACUGUGGCCUCUUACUUCUGUUGACAUGUAUGGUCGUAGAAGGGUUGAAAGGAUGUUGUUCUACAAUAAACUGUUUCGCAGAGGCUUGGUUUCUCUUUGUUAGAAAUGGACACCUUACAUAAAAACGUCUUGCAUGUUUUAAACUAUCGUACCUUUGAGCCAUUUCUUAAGGAGAGUUAUCACUAUGAAUUUAUGAAUGUUAUGCUACUCUCUUCGUACAGGAUCUGGUUCCAGUUAUUUGUAUGGUUUUAUGGACCAGGCAUGGAAGGAAGGAAUGAGCAAAGAUGAAGCCGAGGUACGUAAAAUCUGAUGAAGCACUGAUAUCUUAUGAAAUAAUAUUUUAUACAAUUUAUUCACUUUAACUACAUAUCCGGGUUUUUUUUUACUGUGGCAUAUCUAGAGGCAGAACCAUGUUCUCUUAUGUCACAAUCACAGGAAUCUAGACUUGGAUAGUUUUGCUUUUCAGUAAAAUGUAACACAUCUGAGUCAUACGAGGUCAAGGUUUAUUGACGGUUUGAUAGUAUCUCUGAACCUUCAAGACAGCCUGAAACGAGGGAAAACUUUACACACUGAGCAAUCGGAUACUGCUGUCGCUGGUACCGGACGCCGUGUUGUUUAUUGACAUGGUGACUACCUAGUUUUUUUUUAAAAGACAAGUCUUUGGUUCUUGGGCACAUCUUGAACUAGUGGUUAACUUUCGAAUAUGCAUAUAAAAUUUGAUUCGCGUUUUAGGCCUACAAAACAAACUGCAACCCCCCUCCCCAGCAUUUUUUUAAACGUUUCCUCUAUACUGCAGUUGUUUGUGUGAACCUAAUUAAAUUAGAUUUAUGUUAGAAUUUUUUUCACGAGAAGACGUCUUCUUGUCGCCAACCAAUAGUUUCAGCUUCCUUUUCCUUGGUUGAGGGUACACGAUACUUGCACGCCAUUGUCCCGUAAUUGGUGUCAUAGGCCGUUGACGUGCGGCUGCGCUCACCACGCUUUGAUCUCAAUAUUUAUAUGCUAUUAUUUUUCGCAGUUUCUGGGUGACGAGUGUUCUGUUCAUAAACCUGCCUAUUUUCGGUUUCUUCAGUAACCAGACAAGCGUAGCUUCACUUUGUGCUGUAGAAAUUGGUUGUGAAGGCUGCAUCUCUGGCCAUGGCUCGAGACGGUGCGAGUGGAGGAGUCAUCCGCACUGUUAUUGUGAGUAUUUUUCUUACCCUCUGUCCCUUAAAAAGAGACGCAUCUGCUCGUGUUAUCCUUGGAUCGAUCUUUGGCGUAAUUGUGGUCGAGAAAUGGCGGCACUGUGACACCAUAACCACCCUCCCAGCUGAUCCUUUGGCCGUUUCCUGUCUUUAGAUUGGCCCCCGUAGCUGAUCCCCAGGGGCCUCUUAACGUAAUCUGAAUUAAUCUCUUCACCUACGCAUUGCUAUUGAGGUGCAUGAUCAAUGAAUAUGGCAUCUAGUUCAGUGCGCCGGAUUGUCAUCAUUCUACCACCCGCAGGUGCCACAUGGUGAUGCCCUUCUCUCUCUUUUUUUUUUUCUUUCUUUUUUGCAGAUCAACGCUGAUGGAGUGACGAGGAACUUCUACCCAGGGGACACGCACCCCCUGUGGCACGAUGAGCUCGAGGCCCAGAACUCCCUGCUGGACGUGCUGUCGAGUGGCGGCGCGGCCUGCCCCGAGCCGAUGAGCACUUGA